UGAGAAUUUUGCCCCAAUAUAAGAGAAAGGAUCAGUGAAGAUGAAAAUGGCAUUUCUUUCGGUAUUAAUUUUGAUCUGCUUGAUUCUACAUCAGUCAGACAGAACUAGCGCCUGGUUCUUACUUAAGUCCCACAGUAGAUGCCAAGGAGGAAAGCCAUAUUACUUUGGAACCACAGACUUGCUGUGCAAAAUCGGACGUAGAUCAGCUCCGAGUCGCUUUACGCUGAGCGUAAGUCACCGCUGGAUCCUCUUUGACGGGGAAUACUUUGAGUGGGGCGUCCAUGGGCAGUCCUAUUACUAUGGUAACACGCUGACGGACGGGGAUCACUGUCAUACUGAGCGAGAGGCGGAUCCCGCAGGAUACAGUCAGCUGGACAGAAGUUGUAUCGAGAAAUGUGCUCGAUCGUACAAAGGGAGGUAUGGCGCUUACAAUCUGUUGACGAACAACUGCCAUGACUUCGCUAACAAAUUAUCGGAGGUUUUAUGUAACCAUACGACUUGUCCAGAAUGGUGUCAAUAAAAUAUGAUCAAUCA